AUGUCGGCGCUCUGGACUUCCAGCCACAGCCUCGAGCCGCUGGCAUCCCAGGGCCUCGACCUCGGCAUCCACGGCGCCGCGCCCACCCCGCCAUGGGCGCAGUCGGCGUACAGCCUGGAGUCGAGUACCCCUGCUGGAUGGGGGAGCGGCGCGCUGCAAGCGGCGACAAGCGCAGCGCAGGCUGCCGAGGACGUCCGAGCCGCGGGCUUCCGGCUCGGGGUCUGCGCGCUGCUUCGCAACUUGUGGCUGCACAGGCUCGCCCAGACCCUGUGCGGCGCACGCAGGCGCCUCGCGCAGGCGGCACUGGGCCGCUGGCACCGCUCGGCGAUGCGCAGCAGGUGGGAGGAGCUGCGCAGUGCGGCAGAGUCCAGCGCGCGGGAGAGGGCCGAGGAGAUGCUCUCAGAGUACGCGCGCCAGUCCGCGCAGCUGCGCCAGCAGUGGCACCGGGAGCGCGAGGAGGUAGUCGCCUCGGAAGGCCGGGACAAGGGCUGCCACAUCGAGGUGUCCUCAGAGGGCCUGGUGCGCUUGAAGGCCAUUGAUCAGCAGCGCCGCGCGGAGCUUGCGGAGCUGCACCGCCAGCACAGCGAGGCUGCCGAGGGGCACGCAGCGGAGUCCCGGCGCCGCCUCUCGGCCUGCCGCCGCGCCUCCCGCGAGCUGGCGGCGCGAGCGCUGGGCGGGCUCGGCGGCGGCAGCGGCGGGGAGGAGCUGAAGUGGGUCAGGAACGACCGCGACAUCAACCUCCUGCAGUGGGCCUUCGCGCAGCAGCCGGAGGUGUGGAUGGUGCCCUUCCCGCCCGUCGCUUCCCUCGAUCACGCCACGCUGCUCGACCGGCAGCGCGACGCCCUGGCCGGGGAGCUGCGCCGCGUGCUCGAGAGUGCCUCGGAGCUCCGCCGGUGGGCGCGGCACGAGGCCUGCCCGCCCGCCGGGACCGCGAGGCGCCAGCGGCGGGCUGUGCCCCUGGGCGCGAGGCUCCUCGGGAGCGCGGCGCGCAAGGCUCUAGCCAGGCAGGCGCUCUGGGCGCUGCUCCGCCUGGUGCCCCCGCCCAGGGCCUCGCAGAGCCCGCAGCGAAGGCUCGGGCCCGACGCCGCGGCUCAGGUCUCGCCGGAGGGCAGGUUCCCGGUGCUUCCCGUGCACGUGGCGGCCGGCGCUCUCGGCGGGCCGUGUGCGCGGGUGCCGGACCACCGGCCUCUCGGCGAGCGCGCGCCCAGCGCGGCGCACCAGCACCACCAGCACGAGGGCUACGACGCCCUGGGCACGUUCAUCCUCGGCGAGGCCCUCGACGACCGCGGCGCGCGGCGGCGGCUGAGCACCAAGCAGAGCGUCUGGUUCCCGGAGGACGGCUCCAUCUUCUCGCCCAUCUCCGCCGCGUCGCCGGAGGGGGACGCGGCCUCGCCCGGGCGGUCCUCCCAGCGCUGGUCGACUCUCAAGUCGCCGGUCUCGGGUGAGGGCGCGGCCUCGCCCAGCCGUGUCGCCCAACGCAGGGCCACGGAUUCGGCGGGAGGGCGCUCGAGCGGUUCCGACGCGGGCGCGCACGGCGCGCCCGAGGAGGCAGGCAGCACCGCCGGCGCGGCGCAGCCAGGGGGAGGAGUCGAGCCGCGACGGAGCCAUCUCGGCAGGCGGAAGGCGAGGACAUCGGAUGAGCUGAUGUCGGACCUGCUGCCGUCGCGCAGGGGCACCUUGGACGCAGCAGAGCCACGGCCCCCCGCUUUCGGGUUGCAGCCGAGCUCGAGGAGACCGACGGGCGCCUCGUCCGAGGCAUCCUGGCAGGCGGCCGGCGAGGACGGGCCUGCGGCCGUCUCCGCGACGAGCCCCGGCCGCCGCCGCCGCACCGACGGGCUGCGGGAGCUCGCAGGGCGGGGCGACAGGCCGGGCGGCCGCUUCCCCGCCGCGCUCGGCACGAGCGGCUCCACGCCGACGCCCCGCUCGGCCGCGGCCGGCGAGCCGCCGGAGGAGCCGCCGAUGGACGAGGGGCAGCCUCGGCUGACGCUCGAGCAGGAGCUGGGGCUGACCAUGGACCUCGUCGAGGCGCUGUCCGAGGACGACGAGCUUCGAGGGUCAAACAGGACAUGA